AUGGUGCUGUUGGGAGGGGCUACCUCGCCGUUGCUCCUGACGAUCCUGCUGCUCGGCACGGCGGUGGCGGCGGCCGGGCGGCCCAUGGAGCUCUACUUCUCGCCGGCGGAGCUAGCGCGCGUUGCGGGGUACGGCGAGGAGCUGGUGUCGUCGGUGUCGGUGUCCGGGCAGGUCGCCUGCGAGCUCUGCCUCCGGCCUCCGCGUCUCGACCUCCUCACCUUCGAGCUACCAGGUAGCAAGGUGGCAGUAACCUGCGCAACCGAAGGUCCCAACACGAUAGCUAACUCUGCAUUUGCAACUACGGACGAGUACGGCAACUUCACCAUAGAGCUCCCGUCCCGGCUCCACGCCACACCAAGCCUGGAGAACGCCUGCUCCGUCAAGGUGCUGGAGCUCCCGCCGGACUCCGCGUGCCGCGUCAGCGGCAGUCGCUCUUACGGCCUCCUGCUAACUUCGUCGGAGGACGGCAGACGCGUCUACACGACAGGGGUGAUACGGCUGCAGCACGACGACACACGAUCCGAUGAAUGCGUGCAAGAAGAUAGCAGGAGUGAUGGAAGAUGAAAGAUCGGUUUGGUUCUUCCUUUGAGUUCACGUUUCUCUUGGUUUCCCAGAGGAGGUAAAAGAUCAAGCGGAGCUGGUUGAUCCCGCCUCUGUAUAACACUGGUGUAGAUAAUAUAUGUAGAUCUUUUUCUAGAAAGGGGUUAUUUCUGAUUUCUGCAUCAUUGAUGUACACAGCAAUUUUAUUGUACAGUUUUGGUUCUAUUAGAGAAGGAAAUAAAAUACUUCCUCCA